CACGUUUUCCAUUACCCACCAUCCAAAACCUUCCCCAACUCCCUCAUAUUUACGUUUACCCUCCCAAUCAACUCCUCUCCUCAACCUCCAAGUCCAGCAAUGGCAGCCUCCCUUUCUCUGCACACUCCUUUCAUCCCACGCCAUUCCACCUCUCCCCCACUCAACCUUGGCUUCUCCGGCCGCCAUCGAGCUGCCUCUCUCUUCAGGCUAAAGAGAGCUGAUACCAAAGGUGGCAGAGUGAAGGCCAUGGCUACGUAUAAGGUGACUCUUCAGACACCUGAUCAGACUGUGGAGAUUGAGUGUCCAGACGAUGUGUCUAUUCUGGAUAGGGCAGAAGAGGAGGGGAUAGACUUGCCAUACUCCUGUCGAGCUGGUUCGUGCUCUUCCUGUGCUGGGAAGUUGGUUAAUGGUGAGGUUGAUCAGUCUGAUGUUAGUUUUCUCGAUGAUGAUCAGAUUAGUGAGGGAUGGGUGCUUACUUGCUAUGCUUAUCCCAAGUCUGAUGUUACUAUUAAGACUCAUAUGGAGGAGGAGCUCGCUUGAAAGCUUGAGGAACAAUAAGUUCCAACUAGCUUGAAGAAAUCUUUAGUUAUGAAGAGCAGAAGAAGGGAUGCUUAAUUUGUAUAUGGGGGAUCUGAUAAUGGUGGACUCAGUUGAUUCUGUGUAUUGAGUGCGUUUUCUGAGCAUUACUCUUUAUGUUUGAGUAAUGCCAAUCAACAGCCAUUCAAUGUAUAUGAUAUAAGAAUAUUAUAAGUACUUGAUUUGUUAUUAUAUAUACAUGUCUUGUGUAUUAA